AUGAUCUCCUCCACCAGAAUGGCGCCACCUCUUCCCCUGUGUGGACCAAUGGUGUUGAGGCACGCCUACAGCAGCUUCAUCCAUCGUUAUCCACUCAGCUUGAAUGGCACCUUUUCAUUGGUCCAUUUUCCAAGCUGCUGGGCCAUCCCGGACGAAGAACACAUCACAGUCCAGGUCAGCCCGUCCCGCGAGCUCGACCCUCUCUGCCAAGGCCUAAGGCUUUUCAACCCGUGUGAUGUGUGGCUACUGGUGGCCCACCAUGUUCUGCGAGUCGGUGUCGACCAACACCACUUUGGUGUGGAUCAACACAGGGUGCUGGUGUCGACCGAUGAUGCGGGAUCAGGUUUUACCUAUUCCUAUCCCUGA